AAUUUUUGAAUUUUUUAAAAAAUAUUUUUUCAUAUUUUCUUUUUAAAUUUCGAAAAUGCUUUUUGAUUUUUAAAAUUAUAUUUUGAAAUUACUGAUUUUUGUUAGAACACAAUAACAAUAAUUAAGGUAAUUAAAUACAAUUACUUAGAAUUUAUAUAUUUAUAGAACUAAUUUUAGAUAAUUAGAAAUAUAUGAACAUAACAUAUUAGGUAUAAAUAAGACACAAUAGUUAACGUAACCAAUAAUCUGGUUUUGCACAAUGGUUCAGUGUUUGUUUCAAUAUUGCUCGAACCUGGGUUUGACUCCACCCAACGACAAAUGAUUUGUAUUACUUUUUAUUAAUUAAUUAAAAUGUAAAAGCCACGUCAGCAUCCGUUAAAGCCACAUCAGCAUCCGUUAUCAUUUGACUAACAGAAAGACGGUCAAUGUAUGAAAUAACCUAAAUAUCUUUGUACAUGUAUGAAAUUUGAAUAUAUUUUGUGUUGAUGUAUGUUUUAGUACAUGGUACGUGUUUAUGUAUUCAUCGGGAUCGCAACCCUCUGUUGAUGUAUGAAUUUGCCGAUUUUUCUCGUAAAAAUUCUUCCCUUAUUUGAUUAAAUAUGUAAUGCAUGGCACUCGCCUAACUCAAAUCAAACCAACCUAACUUGGGACUUGACGCAAGUCCGACUUGGUUCCAUCUCCUUUGAUUUUUGUUAUCAGUACUGACCGUCUUAAUCCUCUCACAGACCAGAUCGGUGCACGAGUUCUCACUAAAAUAUAUUAUACAUAUUCAGAUAUUAUCAGAUAUUGGUUUGGGAGGACUGUUUUUUUUUUUAAAAAGGAACUCGUUACAAAAGCAAGAAGGCGCAUAUUGUCAAAGCCUAGUAAAAUUUUGUUUACAAGUUUACAACCAACAAAAGCCAACAAGAUGUUUUAAUCAGAUUCUCAGGUUUGGUUGUUGUAAAAAGAAUAUUGAGGUAAACCACAAAGUGGUGGUUUAGUGAUAAGUUGACUUUAGGAUUGCCAAGUAAUCCGGAUUCGAAAGCACCCUACCACACACUUUGUUUUAUGGCCACACGAAUAUAAGUCUAUUUGAAUACUCAGAAUGAGAGUUUAUCCGUAGACCGUAUUACCCCUUUGCGGAUUAGCCUGAACCUCUCUAUAGACCUGGAAUAUCUUUAAAAUUUUAAAAAAGAAUAUCGAUGUAAUUAAUUAGACAACAGAUUUUAUUCACUUCAAUUUAUGAUCAAUGUUAUCAGUUGUUUUUGUUUUUCUCUUCGGCCCAAUGGGCGAACCGGGUAGGCCAUCAACACAACUCAUUAUGAAAUUCAACUCUCGUUUUAAAAGCAAGAAGGUAAAUUGUGCCAAGCCCAAUAAGGCAAUAAAUAUGUAUUUUGUAACUAUUUGGGUCGGAUUUAGGAUAUUUCAUAUGGUUUAUCUCGUUGCUUCAUACCUUGGCUUUUGCUACUGGUAGGAAUAGUUUGCAAAUGGGUAGAAGUUUUGUCCUAUAAGGGGAUAAAAUACGUCCAAUGAACGUCAAUUUUUCCCCCACAUAUCAUCGCCAUAAUGAGUCACAGCAGGAGCAAAGUUUAUUUCUCGAAAACUUUCCAACAAUAAUUAAUGUAUUCUAUUAAAACAAUAACACUACCAAUUGAUAAAAUAUUAUGUCAAAUUAUUUUUUAUUUAUUUAAGGAGCUAUUUAUUAUUUUCUUUAAAUAAGUACACAUACAUAUUAAUUUUAACCAAAUAAUAUAACCGUAACCCACUAACCCUAUUUUUUAAUUAUAAUCUAUGAAAAUUAUGUAAACAUAAAACAUAAUACAAAAUCUCCCAAGUGUUCACAUUGUCUGAUAUAGUUUGUUUUUAACAGUGUUGAUAUGAUAUAACACGUGAAUUAAUGGUAGAGGUCAACCUAUUAUAAUUUUUUGCUCUGGUAUACUCAUUCCGUUCCUUAAAGAUAGACUUUUUAGAAGAAACAAAUUGUUUCAAAAAGAUGUAUAUAUUUUUUGUGUUUUCUAUGAAAAUUGUAAACUUAAAAAAAAUUAAUUGACUUUAUUGAAAUAUUAUUGGUUAAAAAUUAUUUAAAAUUAAAAAUUACAGAAAACGAUUUAUUUAUUAUGAUAAUUUAAUAUAUUUUCUUAAUAUGUAUGAAAAUAUUAAAAAAUCUAUCUUUGUGGAAUGGAGGGAGUAUCUAUUAUAUGUACCUUUAAUAUAAGGUUAGUGGUUUAGUUUACAAAAAAAUAGGGUUAGUGGUUUACGGUUAUAUGAUUUGCUUAAAAUUAAUAUGUAUGUUAUAAUAAGUAGCUCCUUUUUUUUUGUCAACAAGUAGUUCCUUAAAUAUAAUAAAUAAAUAGUUUGACAUAAUCUUUUAUCAGUUGCUGUAUUAAUAGAAUAGAUAUAUAUAUGAAUUAAAUGCUUCGUUAUCCGUAACUGAUCGUUUUAAUCUUAAGUCAAAUACCUUUUUCAUAUAUAUUUCAUUAGUAACAGAAAACAAGUCGAAAUAAUAAUAACUGUAGUAUCAUCCAAUUACUAUAAUAAAUAUAUCAAGAAAGACCAACAAAUUAAUUAUAAAAGCAAAUAACACGAUGAUCCUUUGAUAAUAUAAAAGUUUUAAAAUGUUGAAAUGAUUACUAUGUGAUGUGCAAAGUAUAUAAUCUGUAAUUUAAGAAAAACACAUAUCAAGGUCAUAAUGAAUACUAUUGAAUAGAUAAUUUUACUAUGCGUAACCUGCACGGAUAUUAUAAAAAGAUUGAACUUAGGUUUUGUUAAAUCUUAAACUUUCAAAAAAUCAUGUAUUAAAAAUUAAUGAAAUUUUAUUAUAGGAAUUGAAAUUAUUGUAUCAACCAAAUUUGGAUAGCGAUAAGAAUUACAAAAAGUUUCCAAAAUACUCGGAAAUAAAAUUACAGGAUCUCUAUUUUCUUUGUGACACUACAGGAUCUCUAUAUUUUAAUUUAUCAACUUUUAAUAAAAUAUAUUCAUAUAUAUAACUUAUAUUUAAAUUUAUGAUUUGUUGUGAAAUUAUAUGUAAUAAAUUUUAAAUAGUUUCAGAUAAGGUAGAUAACUGUUAAAGAAAUAAUAUCCAAACUAUGUGAGUUGAAAAUUGUUGUGUUAUCCAUAUAAUUAUCCAUACCUUUUUGAAAAGAGAUAAUUAUCCGACGUUUUAUAAUAGUAUCGAAAUACUAUCAAUUAAAAAGUUACAGUAUUAUCCAUAAUUAUCCAAACGUUGCUGAAUGUAAUUAUCCAGAGUCAAAGAUCAGUUUCCAAAGACUCUCUCAAUUUGUAACCGAAUGGAUAUUCUCAGCCCAUAUAAAUAUACGUACUCUCUCUAUCAAAAUAUCAAUCACUUCUCACAUCACAUCUAAAGUCUUUCUUCUUUAAUUAUUCUCUCACCGUUUAACUUUAGCGUUUAACAAUGGAGUUGGAUCUUUCACCGAGACUACCAAAGAAAGUGUACGGAGGAGACGGUGGUUCGUACUUUGCAUGGUGUCCUGAAGAGUUACCCAUGCUACGUGAUGGCAACAUUGGAGCCGCUAAGCUCGCUCUAGAGAAGUAUGGCUUAGCUCUUCCUCGCUACUCCGAUUCCUCCAAGGUCGCUUAUGUUCUUCAAGGAUCUGGAACAGCAGGAAUUGUUCUCCCUGAGAAAGAGGAGAAAGUGAUUGAGAUCAAGAAAGGAGACUCCAUAGCUUUACCUUUCGGUGUAGUGACAUGGUGGUUCAACAGUGCCGACACUGAGCUUGUCAUUCUCUUCCUCGGUGAGACGCACAAGGGUCACAAAGCAGGACAGUUCACUGACUUUUACCUAACCGGAUCCAAUGGGAUCUUCACCGGUUUUUCAACCGAGUUUGUUGGCAGAGCAUGGGAUCUCGACGAGACCACCGUGAAGAAGCUUGUCGGAUCUCAGACUGGUAAUGGGAUCGUGAAGGUUGAUGCGAGUUUGAAAAUGCCUUCACCUAGGAAAGGUGACAGAGAAGGGUUUGUUCUGAACUGUUUGGAGGCUCCUCUUGAUGUUGAUAUCAAGGAUGGAGGAAGAGUUGUUGUGUUGAACACAAAGAAUCUUCCCUUGGUUGGUGAAGUCGGGUUUGGUGCUGAUCUGGUGAGGAUCGAUGGGCACUCGAUGUGUUCUCCUGGAUUUUCUUGUGACUCUGCCCUACAAGUUACAUACAUUGUUGGUGGUAGCGGUCGUGUUCAAGUCGUUGGUGCAGAUGGGAAGAGAGUUCUUGAGACUCAUGUGAAAGCUGGAGCUUUGUUUAUUGUUCCUAGGUUCUUUGUUGUGUCCAAGAUUGCUGAUUCUGAUGGCUUGUCUUGGUUCUCCAUCGUGACUACUCCUGAUCCCAUUUUCACGCAUUUGGCGGGGAAGACGUCGGUGUGGAAGGCAUUGUCGCCGGAGGUUUUGCAGGCGGCUUUUAAGGUUGCUCCGGAGGUGGAGAAGGCUUUCCGAUCUAAGAGGACUUCUGAUGCCAUCUUCUUCCCUCCUCCCAACUAAAGUAUGGAAGAUGAUUUGGUGGUUUAGUUUGGUUUGUGCUUUAAUCAAGUGUUUUCUAAGCGUGUCUUGGUUUUUAUUUCUUUUGGUUUGUGUUGACUAUGGUGCAUUGUUCUCGUUGUUACGAUUUGAAUAAAUAAAGAGAAUAAAUUACCCAAAGAUGAAAACCUUCUUUUA